AUGGAAAUGGAAGAGCCGACGGUUUUGCGCAAGGAUCAGCUGGAGCUAAGCCUGCACAAGGAGAAGAAAUUGAUCCAGGAAGGCACCAUCAAAGAUGACAACCCAUUGGACCUCAGUGAGCCAUUCCGCGACCUCUGCAGUGCUUGCCGAAAAGGCGAUCUGAAAGUCUGCCAGGAAAAAAUCACCGAAGGUGUCAAUGUCAAUGCCCGCGACCUUUACGACUAUACACCUUUGAUUUUGGCCAGUCUGUGCGGGCAUUAUGAAGUCGCACGGCUGCUGCUAGAAUCCGGAGCGUUGUGUGAACGAGAUACAUUCCAAGGUGAAAGAUGCCUCUAUAAUGCCCUCAACGACCGUAUCCGCAAUCUCCUGCUCGAAUAUGACUACUCCAAGUCUACCGAUCCUUUGCAACCCCUCGCUGCCCAUAUAGCCUCACUCCUUACUCGAGACACCCCCAUCACCACCGAUAUCGUGGUAACGGCAAACGAAGAGUCUAUCCAUCUGCAUAAAUUUAUUCUUGCUGCUCGCUCCCCUUACUUCAAGGGUAAACUCUCCGCCGCCCCCGAUUCGACAGCGUGGAAUAUCCCCAGCCACAUUCCACCCCAGGCAUUUGGCGCGGCAAUCAGGUAUCUUUAUUUAGGCGAAGCUCCACGAGAACUGCGGGCUGGCCCUGGAACUGGAUUCACCGAGACGGAAGUCUUUGCGGGGAUCGACAAAAUUGCGAAAUAUCUCGAGAUUGAAAGCCUGGUGGACAGUAUACUCGACAGUGGAGAUCGGCGACUUGCUCGGCAGAGAAGAACCUUGGAACUAUCCAAAGGCAGGGAUCAAUUAGAGAAUUGGUUCCGCACGAAUGUGCUUGGCAAUAAGAUUGUCGUUGAGACAUCAAAGGCGGGCGAAGUGAAAUGGGAUCAUGACAAUCACAUAUUUGCAGAUGUUCUUCUCCGCGCUGAUGAACUACCCGAAGAAGCUGAGGAAGCUGGCACAGGCGACGGCCAGCAAAAUUCCACAUUAUUCCCAUGUCACCGAGCGAUGCUGCUCCGCUCGGAGUUCUUCCAAGCCAUGUUCACCUCGUCUUUCCGCGAGGCCCAUAUCAAAGAUAACCUGCAUAUUAUUGACGUCGAUUGCUCGCCAGAAGUAUUAGAGAUCAUUCUUACGUUCCUCUAUACUGAAAGGGCUGACUUUCCUCUCGAUAUCGCCGUCGAUGUGCUAUUUGCAGCCGACAUGCUUUUUAUCGAGAAACUCAAGACCAAGGCAGCUGUUGUCAUCAGCACCCUGGGCAGCGGAGGCCUGUCGCAAGAAGAAGCCGCGAAAACUAGGGACGACGUCGAUGAGGAUGACAUCGACAUUUACGCAAUCAUGCGCGCUGCUUGGUUAACCCGAGUCCAGCGACUCGAAGAAUUCGCCGGUCGAUACCUUGCCUACCGGUUGGAAGCCCACAUUGAUUCGGCCGAGUUCGCAGAGCUCAUACAAGAAUCCGCAUCGCGUAUCCAAGUGCGACAGGAAACUGAUACCAUUGAAUUGCUGGAUGACAUUCGAUUCUAUCUGAACGAGCGUUUCCGGUUAAGGUUUGACGAUGCCGGCCUUGACGAGAUGUUGAAUGGGCAUCAGGUGCCUUCAACGGACGCCCAGGCAGAGGAUAUUUCCAAUAUGACCGACGGUGUCGACGCUUUAGAUGUUUCCGGGCCGGUUGAUCAGUCCGUUAAAGCUGAUGGGUUCCGUGAAAUCCGGACUUUAGAUGGUGCGGUCGUUGAAGAUGAAUUCUCGGAAGACGCGAUGAACUACGAAAUUCUGAUGGAAAAACUGGAUGCUCUUCUGGAAACUCUCAAUUUAGAAGCUUAA